AUGCAGGCCUUCAGCAUCAUCGCCGCCGCCGCCCUGGUUCUGUCUACCACGACCAUGGCUGGCCUAGUGCCCCGAGGAGGCGGUUUCUAUGCGAGCUGCGGCGCCCCCCUUCGAGGCGGCGAAGCAGGUACUGUGACGUUUCUAUGCCCGAACGACGAGGGCAAGACGAUCCAGAGCAUCCUGAACGUCAACCAGUGCAUCGGCAACCAAAACGGCCAGCUGGUCUUGCAGGCGGGUGGUGGUUUCGUCGCCGGGUGCAAAUGGGGCCAAUGCGCCAUAGGAGCCUUUGACAGCGACAGGGGUUAUGUCAACACGGCGCUGAACUGCGCUGAGUGUGGUGAUGGCCAGGGAAACUGGGUCCAGUCGGCCAUUGAUCUCAACGAUUUCGUUGUUAACCGCAAUGGGCUCACCAUGUGCUUUGACGUCGUGUCUGAAAAGGCUUAA